AUGGCACAGACCAACAGCGGUGGGCAGGGGACCAACGGGGUAGCGGAUGAGUCCCCCAACAUGAUAGUGUACAGAAAGAUGGAGGAAGUAAUAGCACGCAUGCAGGACGAGAAAAAUGGCAUCCCCAUCCGAACGGUGAAAAGUUUUCUAACCAAGAUCCCCAGUGUUUUUUCAGGUUCUGAAAUUGUACAGUGGAUGAUCAAGAAUCUGGACAUUGAAGAUCAAGUGGAAGCUCUUCACCUAGGAACUCUGAUGGCUGCACAUGGUUACUUCUUCCCCAUCUCAGACCACGUCCUCACUCUCAAAGAUGAUGGCACUUUCUAUAGGUUUCAGACUCCAUACUUUUGGCCAUCAAACUGCUGGGAACCAGAAAACACAGACUAUGCUGUUUACCUCUGCAAAAGAACAAUGCAAAAUAAAGCACGUCUGGAGCUUGCAGACUAUGAAGCGGAGAGCUUAGCAAGGCUACAGAGAGCUUUCGCCAGGAAAUGGGAGUUCAUUUUUAUGCAAGCAGAAGCACAAGCGAAAGUGGAUAAGAAAAGAGACAAAAUUGAGAGGAAAAUUCUCGACAGUCAGGAAAGAGCAUUCUGGGACGUGCACAGACCAGUGCCUGGAUGUGUGAACACGACGGAAGUCGACAUAAAGAAGUCGUCCAGAAUGAAAAACCCCCACAAAACCAGAAAGUCUGUGUAUGGGCUGCAGAAUGAUAUCCGUACUCACAGCCCAACCCACACCCCCGCCCCAGAGACCAAGCAGCCUACAGAAGAAGAACUGCAGGACCAGAUCACCUUUUGGCAAUUGCAGUUGGACAGGCAUCGACUGAAAAUGUCCAAAGUGGCGGAGAGUUUGCUGGGCUACACAGAGCAGUACAUCGAAUACGACCCUUUCCUCACGCCUUCAGAUCCAUCAAACCCCUGGAUCUCAGAUGACGCCACACUCUGGGAGCUUGAAGCCAGUAAGGAGCCCGGCCAGCAGAGGGUAAAGAGGUGGGCUUUUGGCAUCGACGAGGUUCUCAAAGAUCCAGUGGGAAGAGAGCAGUUCCUCAAGUUCCUGGAGUCUGAGUUCAGCUCAGAGAAUCUCAGGUUCUGGCUGGCGGUCCAGGAACUAAAGAAGCGUCCCAUCAGAGAAGUUCCAACCCGGGUUCAGGAGAUCUGGCAGGAGUUUCUGGCCCCCGGAGCGCCCAGCGCCAUCAACGUGGACUCCAAGAGCUACGGCAAAACCACCCAAAACGUCAAAGAUCCUGGACGCUACGCCUUUGAGGAUGCGCAGGAGCAUAUCUACAAGUUGAUGAAGAGUGAUUCCUACAGCCGAUUCAUCCGCUCCAGUGCCUACCAGGAGUUAUUACAGGCCAAGAAGAAGAAAAGUAAGAACUUGUUCUGA